AUGGGAUGGACACCUUUAUACGCUUAUGAUCACGACAAGUUGUUACGUACAAUUGUUUCUGUUCAUGCGAAUGAAAACGUCGAAGUGAGAGAUGGUGAAACACGAAAAAAGAAACCAAAUGAUUGUAUUGAUGAUGGAACGCGCGAUGGAAUUCCGAUAUGUGCAUCAAAUGGUAAACUUUAUCUCAAUAUGAAUCGCUUUAGAUACAACAAAUGCCUCAUUAAAGCAGAGAUGAAUGAAGAUAUUUUUCUUGCCGAUCCAAGUUUUUGUAAAGACGCCAGAUUUGAAGACAUUAAAAGUGAAGGAUUGAUACCACAAGCAGGAUAA